AUGGCAGCCAGCGCAACGACGUACCAGGCGUUCGCACGGAUAUUUACGUCGUACCAUGACCAGUACUCGGAGCCCGGUCCGUCCAACCGUCAAAUAGACGCGGGUAUCCGGUACGAUGCGGUCCUGGACGAGCAGGGUGGACUGCUGGCCUCGCUGAUGGGGGCGUUAGAGGAAGAAAUUCGGUCAAAGCAGUCCAAUAGCUGGGAUAGCGGAAUGGAUGAAGGGUUCACAGCGGACGAGCGGGGGGCUCUACUGCUGGAACACAGGACAUGGCAGCUGCUCAGGACAGUGUUUGAUAAUCGCCUACCAAGGGAAGAAGCAGACUUUGCUCCAGCCUCUUCACAGGCUGUUCUCCGAGACAACCCAUACAUCACCCCCGGCGAUCUCAUACAGCUCUUCGUUGACGAAGAUGAAGAGCUCAGCAUGCUGGCGACACUAGUGGACCAUCUCCAAUCCCGCCCCCUUCUCACCUCCUCCCCACCUCUCGAAUCCCGACAUGGCUAUCUGCCCGCCACUCUCCGCCGCGCAAAGAACCAGCAACACUGCUCAGCGGCCGGUCCGCGCCGGCCCGACUCGCUCGACCCGGACUUUACGCUGAGAGAACCGCAAGGGCAAGGUCUAGCGGGCGAGGAUCAGACUUAUCAGCAUCCUCUGCUGGAAACGCUGUUUGAUCUGGUACGGCAUGGAGAGCUAGAUCAGGCGGUCAAAGUGUGCGAGAUGGGCGGGGAGCCUUGGAGAGGGGCGAGUCUGAUGGGCGGGAGAAGAUGGGCUAUGGCGGGAUUGACGGCUGGUGAUGAUUCAGGCGAGAUGGCGCUGGAAGGGAAUCGCAGAAGGAAUCUCUGGAAGAAGGCUUGUCGAUCAAUAGCAAAGAAUCCCAUACUAUCUCCCUCCGAACGGAAUCUCUACGCUGCCCUCACCUCCGACCUCCCCACCCUCCUUCCCGCUUGUUCGACAUGGGAAGAUCACCUCUGGGCGCAUCUCCAGGCACGGGUGGAAGCUCGCUUAGACAGCAAGUGGCGGGAACUAGGCGGAUUCUGGGAAGAAGAGAGCCAGGCUCUAGGCGGGGAUGAGGAUGAGGUCAGACCCAGCGGGGGACUGGAGGAGGUAUUUGGAGAGAUGGCAGGCGUACAGAAUGACAAUGUCGCGGCCGCCUCGAGAAACCCAUACUACGUCGCUCAGCGGAUGAUCAUGCUCGGCCGGACAGAUGCUCUUCUAUCGCAAUUCGCGAGUCAACUCUCAGGCAUAGAAGAAAAGACAUCACCAGAGCUCAUUGGUCCUCUGAUCCGCUUCUUUGCUCAUCUCAUUCUCAUCCUGCGUAAUCUCAACCGACCGGUACCCGAGACUCCCGCAAAUGCGAUCUUGCAAGCGUAUCUCCAGAUACUGGAACGAGAGGGGAACGACCAGCUUGUGGCCAUGUACGCUGCUUGUCUGCGGGAAGGAAGCGGGGAGGAGAGCUACGCCCGUUUCCUGUAUGCGAUGGACCAUACUGCUACGAAGGAGGCGCGGAUCGAGGCUCUGUCAAGGGCCAAAACGCACAACCUGGACGUGGCGGCGAUAGCAAGGGAGACUGUCCGCCUGACGCUAGAAGAGGCCUUCGCUGCCAUACCCGCACUAUCUCGAGAACAGCCGGACAUCACCAUGUUCACUACCGGCCUGACGGAGCGGGAUGUGCACCUCAUCCGGUCCAUCGAAUGGUUGACUAUUCUCACCGAUACGGCAGAGGAUGCGGUGAUUAAGGCGAACGAUGUGGGCCGGUAUUUUCUAUCUCUCGGUCAAGCGAAUUCUGCUCAAGCUUUGCUCAAGACCCUACCCCCCAAUCUUACCUCCGCGGUGGACGAUGACGAGGACAACGACUAUCAAUUGCUCGAGCACGAAGAUGUCGGGAGACUGUUUGGGGUGUUUGCGUGCCAUGAGCUGGUGGAUGAGGUGCUGAGUAGGGCGCCGAAAGCAACAGCUACGAGGAUGGAACAGCAUAAUUGGCGCAAGAGCUUGAAUGGCACGAUCGAGAAGGUCCAUUCUGCCACUGUGGACCUCCUUACUUCCGACUGGCUCCGCUUUCUCCUCUCCGCCGGCUCCGAGAAUGCUUCUCAGCGCCUGAAAGAGCUCCGCCGGAUCCGCCAAAUAUUCAUCCCUGACCUCAUCCUCCGACUGCACACACUCCUCAUCACCCACUCUGCCCUCUUCCCAUCGCUCAUCCAGACGGCAUUGGACCUGACCAAGGUGGUCGCCCGGGAGGACAACCACGUGUAUGAGGAGUUCUUUGGAAUGGAGGGGGCGGGAAGGCUCGUGGAUUAUUUGGAGAGGGUGAGGGAGGUGGCGAUGUUGGCGUUGCGAUCUGGAGGCAGUGCGUUCCAGGUGCUGGCGAGAUGA